GAACGAGACACCUCCCAUUUCCACCUUCAUCUAAAACUCUCACUUCCUCCAUCACAUAAAGAGAUCUACCCUAGACUACCGGCUCCUACUCCUCUCUGGCGACACAGCAGAACCAAGCAGGGAGCCUGACUGAGCAGAAUAUUUCCCCAUCACUAAAACAGGUCACCAUGUCCAGGAAGGUAGUCAGGGCCAGUAAGUUCCGUCAUGUCUUCGGCCAGGGGGUGAAGGCUGACCAGUGCUACGAUGACAUCCGCAUCUCCCAGAUGACCUGGGACAGCAACUUCUGCUCUGUCAACCCCAAGUUCGUGGCCAUGAUUGUGGAUGCCAGCGGAGGAGGGGCCUUCCUAGUGCUGCCUCUGAACAAGACGGGUCGUAUUGACAUGUCCCAGCCCACAGUCUGUGGACACACAGGCCCAGUGCUGGAUAUUGAGUUCUGUCCCCACAACGACAACAUCAUUGCCAGUGGUUCAGAGGACUGCAGUGUCAUGAUUUGGGAGAUCCCGGAGGGUGGCCUGGUCACGCCCUUGAACGACCCCGUGGUGAAGCUGGAGGGGCACUCCAAACGCGUGGGCAUCCUCAGUUGGCACCCCACUGCCCACAAUGUGCUCAUGAGCGCAGGCUGUGACAACGUGGUGAUCCUGUGGAACGUGGCAUGUGGAGAGGCCAUGGUGAGGAUCGAUUCGGUCCACCCUGACCUAAUCUACAGUGCCUGCUGGAACAGGGACGGCUCCCAGAUCCUCACCUCCUGUAAGGACAAGACCAUACGUGUGCUGGACCCCCGCAAGGGCACAGUCAUUGCCGAGAAGGAGAAGACACACGAAGGCUCCAGGCCUGUCAAGGCUGUGUUUGUGUCCGAAGGGAAGAUCCUGAGCACCGGCUUCAGUCGCAUGAGUGAGAGACAGGUGGCACUUUGGGACCCGAAGAGCUUUGGGGAGCCACUCACCCUGCAGGAGUUGGACACCAGCAGUGGUGUCCUAUUGCCCUUCUUUGACCCUGACACUGGCAUCGUCUACCUCUGUGGCAAGGGUGACAGCAGUAUCCGGUACUUUGAGGUGACAGAUGAGGCUCCCUAUGUUCACUACCUGUCCAUGUACAGUAGUAAGGAGAGUCAGAAGGGCAUGGGCUACAUGCCCAAGAGGGGCCUGGAGGUCAACAAGUGUGAAAUCGCCAGGUUUUACAAGCUCCAUGAGAGGAAGUGUGAGCCCAUUGUCAUGACGGUGCCCCGCAAGUCUGACCUGUUUCAGGAGGAUUUGUAUCCAGACACCAUGGGUCCAGAGCCGUCUGUGGAGGCCAAUGAGUGGUUUGAAGGCAAAGAGGGCCAACCUAUCCUGAUCUCCUUGAAGGACGGUUUUGCGACAACCACCAAAUCCAAAGAGUUCAAAGUUCACAAAAGUCUUCUGAAGACCACAUCAACAGCCAUGGGGCAUCAGCACGGUAACACUGGGGAGGUACAUGCCUUGCAGAAGGAGGUGAAGGCUCUGAAGGAAACAGUAGAGGAGCUUACCAAGCGCGUGAGCAAACUGGAGAGCAAGAAUUGAAACAGAGCCAUUGGGUUCGAGAUGGAGCUGAUGGAGAAAGAGAAAGGAGGUGUAAAGAGGAGAAGAUAAAGAGGAGAUGAAAGUCAAAUAGUUAUAAAUAGUUGGGGAUGUUUGAAGGAAAGAUGUUUAAAGGGAGAGUUGGAGACAGGAUCCAUCAAUAUCAGCAGCCAAAUAUUUUUGGGUCUGGAAGCUUGAAUUUCUUUUUUGGUGUCAGUUUUCCCAUUUAUAGAGACUUGUUUUUAAUAUAUGCUCUUACAUAGUUGGAAAUAAAAGUCCUUAAUAUUAUCCAAAAUA